UUCGAAGCAUUCGGCUAUGCAAUGCUGCAAACCAUAUCCUCAUAUAACUUUCCAUUUUUGAACUAUUGCGUUUUGAAUUCAGUGAAAAUUUGUCUAGGUUACAUGCAUUUUAAAUGGGAUCAGCUGUUCACUUUACCAAAGUGGUAACCAGCCCAACCAAAGUAUGUCCAAGUAAAUUUUACCAUCCGAAAAACGAAUGUAGUUGUUGUGCACCUUAGCAAUGUAUCUUAAGUUUGAAUUUCUACAAUCGGCUAUUUUAAUCACUGCUUUCCUCAUUUUCCGCCGUUUUUUUGUAUACACGCUUGAACCGUUGAACGUUUGCCCUGCAGCAGUCUUUAUCUAUGCCCUGCAGUCCAUAGAUAAAGACAAGCUGCAGUCGCCACAAAAUAUCACCCCUUAUGUUAUGUGGCAGUCGCCAUUAAAAAGAAAUUGACAGUUCCUUUGCUUGCCAAGGGGCCAAGGGAAUCUAACCAUAGAUAAAGACCAAAGACAAGUCUUGUCUCUGAUAAAGACUAGUGAAUCUAACCUCAGAUUUUUGGGUGUUUGGUCAACUUUUUGAUUUGGUAUCCUCGCUCAAAACCCCUGAAACAGGCAUGAAAAUGCAAGGCAGCGUGGACCGAUUGCAAGGAAGCAAGAAAAACACCAGCGAGCCCACGUUUGUGAAGGAUUUCAGCGAGUAUGGACAGAUUUUACAUAUUCACGUCUCGCCCUUCGAGUGGAGCAAAGACAUUAUGCUGCUGGCUUUUAGUAGCCGAAUCCUGUUCGCCCGGGUCUCCUUUCAGGAGGAGUCGGUGAAGGUGCAGCAGCUAUUCCAGUUCGAGCACCCCAGCAGGUGCACCGCGCUCAGCUUGGCCCCAAGCACCACUUUGACCGUAAUGCCUAAUCAGGUGCUUUUUGCCACUGGAGGGAUUGACCACCAAAUCCGGGUAGUUCAAAGCGACCUACAGCAGGACAAUACCUGCGAGGUGAUCAGCGGUCACACCAGCUAUAUAAACGAUAUAACCUUCGAUCCGGAUAAUGCCUAUCUUGCCUCAGCCAGCGACGACAACACAGUGAAGAUCUGGUAUACUAAACAGUUCAACUUGAAAACCACAUUGAAUCUAACUUCCCCUGCCAUGGUGGUUGCCUGGCACAGAGGCGACCCUGGCAAGCUGAUGGUGGCCGAAAAAAUCGGGUUGGUCAAGUUCUACAAUGUGGAAACCGAGACCCCGAUUCUCUCGCUGGACUUUGCCAGGUCACUGUCGUUUGCCCACUGGGCCCCUUCAGAGAGUCAAAUCCUGGGCACCUUGCAGUUGGGGGAGCUGCUUUUAUGGGACCUCACUAAGCCUUGUUUGCCCCAACAAAGCGCCAUUCUAUUUCCGGAAAAUGGGGGCACAAUGAAGUUCUCGCCACAGGGAGAGCUGCUGGCUGCCGUCAACAGUCUGGAUGGUUCCCUGAAAGUCCUGCACACAACCACUCAGUGCUUGAAGCUGAAUGUUAGCGUCACAUUGCCUACAAAUGUGCAAUGGCACUUCCACUAUCCUCUAGUGUGCAUUGGCGACGACACUAAGCUCUGUUUUUGGAAAAUCAGCGCCUUUUAAUCAAUAAAUUGUUGAAGAAUU